AUGGCGGCCAUGGGUGCCAUUGGUCUGGGAGUCUACGAAGCGAAGCCUGCUCCAAGCCGAUCCUUCCCAGUCACAUUCACUGACGGAGAGAUUGUCUACCCUCAAUUCGCCUACCCUCUGCGCCAUGAAAUCGUGCCCAUCUGGCUCGCGGCCCUCCUGGCCUCUCUGAUCCCGAUUUUCAUCAUCCUCUGCAUGCAGGCCCGCAUUCGGUCCUUCUGGGACUGCAACAACGCCAUCAUCGGUCUUCUCUACUCCCUCAUCGGUGCCGCAGUCUUCCAAGUCUUUGUCAAAUGGCUGAUUGGCGGUCUCCGACCUCACUUCCUCUCCGUCUGCGACCCGGACCCGGCCAAGAUCGCCGCCCAAGGCGGUCAAGGCUUCCGGGGAAUCAUGUUCCAGCGCGACGUUUGCCGAGGCGACAUCGACCAGAUUGACGACUCGCUUGAAUCCAUGCCUUCUGGCCACAGCACCGCUGCGUGGGCGGGGUUCCUGUACCUCUUCUUCUACUUGAACGCGAAGAUGAAGGUGUUCAGCAACCACCACCCGGCCUUUUGGAAAUUGAUCGCCCUCUACGCCCCUGUGCUCGGCGCGACCUUGAUCACCGGUGCACUGACCAUUGACGAAUUCCACAACUGGUAUGACUGCGUCGCCGGGGCCGUCAUUGGGUCGACCUUUGCCAUCUCUUCGUACCGCAUGGUCUACGCCUCCGUCUGGGAUUUCAGGUUCAACCAUAUCCCCUUGACCCGCCACACCCCCUUUACCUACGGUGCGGGAGCCGCCGGGGCCGGAGGUUUCGAAUCUGCGGUCUUCACUCGGAGGGCAGGAUGGGGGUACGAGGAGGCACUCGGCGGUGCUCCCUUCGACGCCGCGCACAGCCUCCGGGGAACUGCCACGGGCUUCAACGCCGGGGCUCACGGCUUGGGGCAUCAUCGACCUGGAGAUGUCGAAAACAACGCUGGGCUGGAUGACGGGUACAAAAACGGGCGAAUGAACGACCUCACCAAUGGCACCUCUUCCAAUGGCCUGGCGAACCCUACUCCCGCGGCCGCGCCCGACGGACGUUACCACCACCAUCGGAAGAGUAUGGAACGUAAGGCGGUUCCCACCGCGUAA